AUGCAAAAGACCUUGGGAGGAAGAUCAGAGCAAAGGGGCGAAGGGAAGAUCCGCGGUCCUUCCCGGGGGGCGGGAUCCGCGGCCCGAGGGGGUGGAGGGAGUUCCCCGGCCGAGAGCCCGAGGCCCCGCCGCCCAGCAGGCCGGGUCCCCGGGGCGCGGGAAGGAGGGCCGGGCGCGCCGGCGGGGAGGAGAAUCCGAGGGCAGGGGGCCCAGAGCCUCGCCGAGCGGCGCGCGCAGCACGUGAGGAGGCGGCGGCAUCGGCAGCGGCAUCGGCGGGGCUGGCCCGGCUCCGCGUCUCCGCCCGCCCGCCUUGCGGAGCCCCGGCAGGAAGGCGGAAGAGCCAGGAGGGAGACGAGGGCGCUGCCGGCGCGUCUGGCGGGGUGAGGCCGGGGGGGGUCUCCCUCUCCGAUACGCGGGGGCGGGGGGGGGGUCCCCUGCUUUGUCUCGGCUUCCAGGAAGGGCCCCCCCCCCGCCGCCUCCCCGUCUGCUCCCUGCCUGCUUCGCCCGCAGAGGGACCGCGGCGUUUUCGGGGGGGGGGUCUGUUGCUCUGCCGUCUGGUAGCUGUGCCCCCCCCCCAGCAGCAGCAUCGCUUGCAUUCUUCCUUUCUUGGUUCUUGGGGCGGGGGGAUCUGGCUGGUGCGGUGGCUUGGAGCAGGAGGGGCUCUCCCUUUCCGGCAAGGGCUCCUCUCCGUCCAGGUGGGCGAGGGAUGCGCUGCGCGAGACUCUUUGUCAGGAGGGGCGGGGGGGGAUCCUCGCCCCCCUUCUGUGGUAGCAGCCUGUAUCGCUUUUGCCAGGCGUCGCUGGAAGGGAUAACCUGCUCAUUUUGCAGCCCCGGGGUUGAUUGCUUUGUGGGGUAAAAUAUGAUAUUUGAGGCGCGGGGAGGGGGCAGACUCUGCUUUCCAGCUCGGACUCUUAUUUGUCCGGGGAGGAUUGGGAUGAGCAGCUUUCUUUGCCCCCCAGGUAGCAGCUGAAGCCGAUCUCAGCCUUCACGAAAGGGUUAAUUGGUAGGUGUUGAAGGCUCCUUUGCAAGCUUGGGGGAGUGGGGGGUGUUGUAUUUAGAGCCCCUGGUGUUUUAAUACUCUUAGGUUAAAUUUUUAGUUCGUAAAUGGGGGGUCUAUUUAUGUUUUUCAGUUGGCAUGGAGGCAUGGAGGCUUGCGUCUAUGGCUGUUGAGCUAAUAGGAUUGUAAAAGGAGUGUGGCAGAGGUUGAGCAUAGGUCGGGCUCUGUAUCUGCUUCUCCAGACUGGAGUUGGAAAGGCCCUGCCUUGCCCCUUCGCCAGCCUUGUUCUCCAUGCAGACUUUAGGAAUGUGUGUCUGGAGGGGUGUGGGGUUCAAAGCUGUCAAGUUCUCCCUCUCAGCCUGCCAUAAGGAGGGUGGGAGAAGCAGGGCCAGCCCAAAGCAUUUUGGGACCUGCCGUGGACCCCAAAAUGGAGCCUCCCUCCCUCCCUGCCAAGGAAGAAGGGGCGAGGGAAGAGCUACAUCAGAAACAAGGGGUGGGAGAUCAACAUCGAGAUCUGCUGCCCCGUGGAUCCUGCCACCUAAGGCCGUUGCCUGGCCUGGCCUCAUGGUUGGGCUGGCUCUGAGAAGAAGGAUUCCUGAGCUCUGCCUGUCAGUCUGCUAAUGGAGUCACACAGACUGUGCUCCGUCAUCUGAUCUGCUCUUGCCUCGGGUGACAGCAGCAGGUUUCUCUGGUACCCAGGCAGCGAUCUUGCCUGAGAGAGGGAGACGACGGAGGUAGACCAGCAUUGGGAGGUGGAGGCCAUCUGCUUUGUGCUGGAGACCCUGUAAGGGUUCCAGAUUACUGCUGUUAGCAAGGAAGGUGCUUCCUCCUUGAUCCCCUUCCUUCCAACACAAAAGCUCUUGUAAGCCGAGAGGCAGGCAGUUUCAUUUGAACUGGGUGGAGAGAUGCAGCAAUCAACUGGUGAGCAGUCUGCUGCAUGACAUCACUGGUUGGGUGGAAGUGCCAUUGGCCAAACGAGCAGAGUAAGUACAGAACUUCCUGCCACGAGUGUUGAGAUUAUAGAUUUCCUUAUAGAGCAGCUAGGAAUGUAUGCUUUUACAAUUGGAAAUACCUUGAUUGCAAGGAACAGCAUGUUUAGAAUGCUGUAUUACCCUUAAGUUGUUUCUCAGAGACAAUGUUUAUUACCAGAGACUGAUUUUUCAAUUUUCAGAUUCAUUUUAAGCGAUUAAUCACCUUUGCGUGGUGUGUGAGAGAGAUGUGUGUAAAGUGAAAUUAGCACAUGACCAGGACUUUGUUGCAUGGACAGCUGGCUAGAAUAGCUAUCCUUGCCAAGCAUUUGAUGGUUUAAGAAUCUUUCCGUUGCUGAUAUGCAUGUAGAGCUUAAAUAUCCCGUGAUUAAAAAAAUUAAGAGUGGCAUGCUUCUCCCUCACUCUUGUGCAUGGUGCAAAUAAGUUUCUUCAUGCCUCCGUAUAUAUAGCUUUUGUGCAAGGGGAAAAUAUCAAAUAACUCUGAUUAAGUUCAAGUAAGUCUUGUAACUUCUGCUCUUUGAGGUUUUGUGUUUUAGCAUCUUUGUGACUUUUAAAACUACAGUAUGACUGUGAAUCCACAUUUUAGUAAUAAAUGUAGGAGAACUAGAUUCUGUAGUAAAUAAAAGCAGGUAAAACAUACUGUAUUCUGCCAUCAUGUAAAUUUAGACUUGUAAAAAAUGAUCUAGCAAAUUAUAAUCCUGUGUGUGAAUGUGAGAGAAGUCGAAACAAAAUAAAAAAAUUCUUUAUUUUGUUUCGACUACGGCAGACCAACACGGCUACCUACCUGUGAGAGAGAGUGCACAUGAGAGCAUGCACAUGUCUAGUACAAUGAAAGGGUUGUGUUUUGUUUCUGUUCAAAUUUGAAAUGGAAUUGUAGGUUACGUAAAUGGGAGCAUAUUAAAUGUCCCUUUCAUAUUGCCCUUAAUCCUAUAGUAUCUUAAUCUUUAAAAUCUGUAAACACUUAACUGCUGUCAUACCUCUGACUAUGUGAAUGUACCAGAAAUGUGCAGUGACCCAGAGUUGGAAAGUAAGUAAGGGGACUUCAUUUCCUUUAAGAUAGUAUUGUUUUCCUACUGUUGGAACGGCUUCCUCUAUUUGUACAGUGGCACCUUGGGUUACGUACUGCCCUCCUUACAAAUGCUUUGGGUAAUAAGCUCCGCUAACCCGGAAGUAGAUGCUCCUCGUUGCAAACUUUGCCCCAGGAUGAGAACAGAAAUUGCGCGCUGGCGGCAGCGGGAGUCCCCGUUAGCUAAAGUGGUACCUCAGGUUAAGAAUGGUUACCGCUUAAGAACAGACCUCUGGAACGAAUUACGUUCGUAACCGGAGGUACCAUUGUACUUCUUAAAGUAACAGUAAAAUGGCAGCUCAUGCAGCCUGUCAAAAUUGUUUUUAGUGUCCCAGGCAGCAUCAGAUGUGUAAUAGCUUUUCAUUUUAAAAACAAACAAGGGCCACAUUUUUGUUCUACUGAGGGUUGCUGGAUCUAUUAUUGAAAAUUAAAGUGUGGAAAUAAGGGGAUAAGCCUGAUAUCCAUGGGACUGUGAUGCUGUAAAGGGUCAGUCCUAACCAGGCUUAUGAUCAAGGCCUGCUUUGGUAUGCCUGUAUCUGGGGCCAAGAGAUACCAUACUCAUAACCAGCUCUUCUAAUUUUAUGUUUUGAUACUUGAGUCCAGUUGAAUAAAGGAAGGGUGCAUAGUUGACUUAGUACAGUAUUUCUAAAUUGCCCAACUAGAAUAACUGGAAGAGAAACACAUCUAAAUAAAAUAAUUGCACACUGUUUUCAAAGUAGGGUUAAUGUAACCAAAGGCAUUCAAAGCUUUGUAUUUUACAUAUAAUUUAACUAGUAAUUUUAGGUAAGGGAAGCUGAUUAGGGUUCUAUCUAGUCAGUCUGUUUCUCCCUCUUCCUCCUCCCAGUUUACUCCUCCAUGCCAUGGAAUAACUAGCAUUGUUUAAUCCUUGAGCUGGUGAAAUCAUGAGUGUAGAGUUUUCUUAAUAAGCUGAAUCCCUGAUGACGGUAUGUGUCAUAUUUUCAUGAAUGGUAUUAAAAAUAUAUAGGGCAAAUGGGCAUUGACACAUAGACCCACCUCUGAGUACCAGUUAAUUUUCACCCCACCCCGCUAAUGAAGGUCUUGUAACUCCUGAUGAUCCCCUUAUUCUACAUGAAAGGGGAUGGAAUUCAAAUUUAAAUCCCCUUUAUUGUACAAACAAGAAAAGUAUGAUCAAUAAAUACUAAGGUAUGAUUCCAAGUUCAUCAGGUCAAGGGAAGGCAGAAUUUGAAACAUACAAGGCUUGCUUUUUACUAGAAAACUGUGUUUAGCAAUACAUUUUUAAUUUAUCAAAAUGAAUGUAUAAAAGAUCAGGAUCUCUUAAUAGUUGAGGAGAGACUACAGUACAUUUUCUUACCUAAGUCAGAAGUGGGUGGCUUGCUGGACCCAUACCAAGGCCCACUCAGUCCUACCUCCUUUGCAAGAAUCCCAGUAACCAGCUGCUGUUAGGUAGUCCACUAACAAACUGUGGGCUACCUUCUGACCCCUCUGCAUUAAGAGUUCUUGGAGAUUUCUAACAUCCUAAAGGCCAUGAAUAAGAUGCCAAGAAAUACAAGAUGCCUUACAAACAUCUCCUAUCAUUCUUCGUCUUAACUUUAAAUAGUCUAUAUCUGGCCUAUCAUAUCUCCUCUCAGUCUUCUUUUUUCCAGGCUAAACAUACCCAAUUGCCUUGUAGCGCUUGGUUUCCAGACCAUUGAGUGAUUAACUUCAAUGAAACUUGCUUGUGAGUAAACCUGUGUAGACAUGGGUUAGCUGCUCUGGAGUCUUUCCACAGCUGCAAGUGGACCCUAAAAAGCUAGAUACUGAAAGUGUGUGGGGGUUAAACUAUAGGUAUAUUUUGGGACUUCAUUUGUGUCUAAUUUACUUUAGUCUUCUUUGGGGGUUUCAUUGGAAGCAGUGAUCUAACGCAAUUAGAGGGCUUGGCACACAAGCCAAAAAAUGUCAAAAUGGCCAGGCUUCCCUUCCCUAAUCUGAAGUGUUCACCAGCCAAAGAGUUUGUCUCCUCUUAUGCUAUUCCUUUCAUCCUGCUUGGUAGUAGCUGAGGAAAAAGCAUCGUCUUGGUUCCCGUCAGUAAACUUGUCUUGCCCCUUAUUUUGCUCUCCUUUCCUUGUAUAUCCUGCUUGAAAGGAUGAACAAUGUUCAGUUCAGUUUAGUUGUUAAAAUGAGGGUGCAAGUUCUUUAGUGCCUGGAAAUUGGCAGAGGGAGGUGUGUGACUCAUGAAAGCCACCUUUGUUUAUACCCUUGGCGUUCCUGUGGGGAGUAUUUCCUAAGUUGUUGGGUUAACAUGUUUCCAGCUGCCUCAGCUGGAAAAGGGCUUUUGGGUAUUUAAAUGAAGUGUUUGCUUGCAGCACAUGGGCGAUGAUCUCAGCUUCUCUGAGGCAUUUUUUUGGCUAGUGGGGGAGUUAACUGUGAACAGCACUCUGGCCCGAUAGUGGUGUCUCUGGAGCCUGGCAGCCAGCCCUGUUUCUGGCACUAGCUCCACACAGGUUUCUGCUCAAGGGGCUGGGAUGCAGAGCAGGAGAAUAUUGGAAAGGCAGUAGAACACAGAUCUCCUUCAUCCCCCCCCUUCUCGUUCUUCACCCUUAUUAGCUGUUUCAAGUUCUAAUUAAAUUGGUUGCUUGCUCUGCAUCUUGAGUGGUUCCUGACGUGUUCUAAACUCUUCAAAAAUUGUGCUGGAAUAUUAAAUUAGAAACAGACAUUAUAGAUGCAAAGGAAGCCUGAAGAAUUAGAAAUUUUCUUUUAAUCUUUAAGGGACUUAUUCUUCCCUGUUGUUCAUAACCUGAGAAAUCUGGAUCUAAUGUGAGGGGGUAGGUGCUGUUCUGGCACUUUGCAGAGUGUUUUCUCAGGGAGGAAAUGGGAAAUGAAUUUAAAAAUUCACCCUAACUAAUGGAGCUCUUUAGCUAUUUUUAUUAAUAGAAUAUGUUCUUAAAAUCACCUAGGAGAGGGCUUUGGAUUCAUCCGGAAAUCAGUAUGUUAGGGUUGAUUUGAUGCAGGGGGCCUGGGGGCUUGGUUCAGCCUUCUUGACCCUGCUCUCUGGGAGCUGCAGGCCAGUGGUCAGUGUGGCCACAUCCAACUCUUUUUCUCACAUGCACACGCACACACCUCCUGAGCUAAUGCAUAUGCAGGUCAGAUCAGGUGGCGAGGUUAUGGAAACAUAUAUAAUUUUAUUUGAAUGUAACCUUUCCACAAUUCAAACCAUAGUCAAGGUGGCUUACAAUAAGAAGAAAAUAAAUAACUACCACAUAAUGAAAGUAGUCAGACAGUAAAUAAAGCAUUAAAAAAUACCCAACCAAACUGAACAAUUUCCACAUAAAUCACAAAAAGGUCUAAAAGAAAGAUACAAAAAACCAACAGCAACAACGCCGCCCCCCCCCACAAAACCCCAGCCCAAGAAUCUGUUCAGCAGCCUCAGCUUUUGUAGCUGGAGUCAGUCCCAGGCCAGGCAGAAAAAGACCUGCAAGGCAGGGAACAAGCAGGUUUUCCAGGACUCACAGCCAGGAUGCCAUGUCCUCCCUCCUGGCUCAUCAAAUGAUUGAUUUUAUGACUGAUAGGGAUGAGAUACGCAUUUGCCAUGCCACCAAAAUGAGAGGGCAGGAGCUUGUUGUUUAGUUGUGGCCGACUCCAUGGACCAGAGCACGCCAGGCCCUCCUGUCUUCCACUGCCUCUCGCAGUUUGGUCAAACUCAUGUUGGUAGCUUCAAGAACACUGUCCAACCAUCUCAUCCUCUGUCAUCCCCUUCUCCUGGUGCCCUCCAUCUUUCCCAACAUCAGGGUCUUUUCCAGGGAGUCUUCUCUUCUCAUGAGGUGGCCAAAGUAUUGGAGCCUCAGCUUCAGGAUCUGUCCUUCCAGUGAGCACUCAGGGCUGAUUUCCUUAAGUAUGGAUAGGUUUGAUCUUCUUGCAGUCCAUGGGACUCUCAAGAGUCUCCUCCAGCACCAUAAUUCAAAAGCAUCAAUUCUUCGGCAAUCAGCCUUCUUUAUGGUCCAGCUCUCACAUCACUACUGAGAAAACCAUAGCUUUAAUUUAUACGGACCUUUGUUGGCAAGGUGAUGUCUCUGCUUUUUAAGAUGCUGCCUAGGUUUGUCAUUUUCCCUUCAUGGUUCACUGCCUUGCUGUGGUGAAGGGGCUUGAAUAACCCAGAGAAGCUAUGAGCUAUGCCAUGCAGGGCCACCCAAGAUGGAAAGGUCAUAGUGGAGAGUUUUGACCAAACGUGAUCCACCUGGAGCAGGAACUGGCAAGCCACUCCAGUAUCCCUGCCAAGAAAACUCCAUGGACAAAGGCGGGAGCUUGGGCCCCACUAAAAAUUGCACAUGGACCAAGGGUUCACUACCCCUGCCCUGAUUUAGUGUCUUGAGAAAUUCCAAGUGGGGUAGUCACAUUAGUCUCUUACAGCCAACAUGAUGUCGCGUCUUGUAGCAGUAUGCCUUUGAUGAAGUGGAUUGGGGGGCCUGUGAGCCUCCAGGUGGUGCUGGACCACCUCUCUCCAAUUCUAACCAUUGGCCAGGUUGGCUCAGUUUGAUGGAAGUUGAGAUCUGACAACAUUUGGAGGGUCCACAGAUCCCCCAUCCCUGAAGGAGACUCCGCUUUGUACAAGCUUGUGUCACAACAAAUGUGUUGGACUGUUCUUUUGUACUGUCUUGCCAGCAGUCUUCUCCAUAUACUAGGUAAGUUGUCUCUGACAAGUUGAAGGAGGUUACCUGAUUCAAAUUAACACCCCUGAUUUACAUAAGCCUGAUAGGCCUUAUCCCAGAGAAAAUAUCUGAAUGCAAUGGUAAUACUGGGAGGACUUCCUGAAUAAAGUAAAUGUUCUGAGGGCCACGCGCCUGGUUUGUGGCAAACCAUGGCUUCCUAUAUAUGAGCAGCAUUCUGGUUUCAUGCUGCUGAAAUUGCACCUGAGCUGGGAGGGAACAAACUAUAGUGCUGGCUUAGAGUUAUGUGCAAACCAACACUUGUUUCUUCCAAAACUCACAAGCAAUAAGCCAAGAAUUAGCCUUGGCUUCCACUCAUGGCUUGUUUCAGGGUUAUGGCGAUGUGCAGACUGUGAUCUAGUGGCUAGAGGGCUGAGCUUGGUUAUGAGAAACUUGAAUUUAACUCAAGGGUGUGGAACUUGUGGCCCUCCAGAUUUUGGACUCUUGUCUCCCAUCAGCCCCAGGCAGCAUGACCAGUGGUUGGGGAGGAUGGGCAUUAUAGUCUAAGAACCUCUGGAGGAGCACAGGUUUCCCAUUCCUGCUUUAAAUUCUCACUCAACAGUGAAGCUUACUAGGUGGUCCUGAGCUAAUUGCUACCACAGAGGACUGUGGUGUGUUUGAAAUGCCACACUUGAAUUCUUCGGAGGAAGGUUUGGAUAGGAGCAUAGCAAAUAUAUAGGUUGUAGGACCUGCGGACAAAAACCAUGCAAGGGUGGCCCAGCCUGUUUCGCCUCUGGAGGCUGAAGCCCCCCACGCCUCCCUUAACUGGGUUGUGUGACAGCAUCCACAAAGCAGCAACAAUGGCGGCAGAUUCUGUCAAAUUGAACUGGUGUUAGCAGCUCACACUUUACUUUCUGCAAGUCUUAGACUUUAAAAAACAUCUGCUGUUUUACCUCCCCUGUUAAUAAAAGGUGGGAAUUUUCUCAAGUUGCUGUUUUGAAAUAGCACAAAGAUUACUUUACAGACCCAUCAUCAACCAUCUACAGCAGUCCAGAAUGUUUUUUAGAAAACCACACAAAGUGGAGGCCUGGAGAAGUCAGGCAGCCUUCCAGUGUGUCACAGCUUACAGCUCCUGCAUAUACUGUAGAUAUUUUUGGAGGCUCACACCAGGGCUGGGCAACACUCAUAACUCAAUGAGAUUUAAAAUCUUUUCUCAUUGAUUUUAUCCAUGUCCAUGAGCUUCCAAACCCAUUACUCUUUAGAGAAAAAGAAUAUAUGUCAUUAGCUUCCCAGUCCUGAGAAUCAGAGAAAAAACACACGUUGUUGCCUUCAUUGCUGCAAAAUUGAAGAUGGAAAGACGGGACCAAAAAGCAAACCUUAGUAUCUGGAGAUGAUACAAGGAAGACUAUUUCUUAACUGACUUACAGGCUGACUGGUACCUUUGCACAUGUUUAAUCUAUUCAGAUGUGCAAAUGGUUGUGCCUGCGGGUGUUUUCCAUGUCCACUUGUUUUUUAAAGUGCUCAAGGAUACAACAGUGUCUUUAGAGAGAUGUCCCCCCCCACCACCACAUGUAUGUUUGUUAAUAUCAACUUCAAAAGUUGUUGAUGAAUAAAGUUCAAACUACCCAGAUACUUGGGAAGUCUUUGUGUUUAUGUGCUUGGGCAAAGAGAGAGCCAUUCUGUCUGGGCUGAGAGAGAUCACUGGGUGGCUUUGAGCCUAAAUUACCUCGCAGGGUUAUUGUGAGGAUAAAAUAAGAGCCAUGAACACUGUCUUCAGCAGUAAAUAAAUAUAAUAAUUAUAGAGACUUCAUAUUGUUGUUAAAGCAAGCACAAUAGGCAGAUAGCUGGAUUUUGCCGGAAGGAGGAACUGUUUUCAUAUUCUUGUUGGAAUGAAUUAAAUGCUGCUAUGAUUAGGCAAGGGACUAAAAUAUAAAAACAUUAAAAAGUCAAACAAUAAUAAUCUGAUCCAAUAAAAAAAGUCACAAUAACUUUAAAAUAAAGCACUUAUAUCAAAUAAAGCAAUAUUCAGUAAUCCCUGUAUCGGGAAGUUUUUAAUGUUUGAUGUUUUACAACGUUUUAUACAUGCUGUAAGCUGCCUAGAGUGGCUGGGAAAACCCAGCCAGACGGGCAGGAUAUAAAUAAUAAAAGUAUUAUUAUCCAUUAGAAUUUAAUAGUAAACAGUAAAUUAAAUAUCAGCAAAUAAUAAUCAAACAGUUUACGAUUAUCAAUUACAAAAAAAUUACUAAACUAUAAUAAAUAAAAAUAAUGGCAAGUCACAGAUGACAACCUUGAGUUAGAUUAAGAACUUUGAGAACUUAAAAAAGAAAAGUCACUUUAUCCAGAGCCAGUCUACAUAUAUAUUAGCCAAUUUUGACCUCUUUCUUAAUGGUGACAUGGACCAUUCAUAAUUUAGGGAUAUUCUUGACAACUGUGAGCAGGGCAGUGGGGUGGGGUAAGUGAAGACAAGCUACAACAAUUAACUAUAACGUUCACUGCUCCUGCUCAGGUGGCACAGAAAAAGCAUUUUGGUUUCUAAAAUUCAUUCUGAUUGUGCAGAUAAAAUACAACUGAUAAAAUUAUACAGAAUGGGGUAUUAGUGUGUGCAAAUAGUCAAUCUCCAAUGAUCCCCCAGGCAUGCGCCUCUAGAUGGUGGGGGUGUCUUCACUUGGUUGCAAGUGGCCAAUAAUGCACCUGGCACCUGCCUAAUUCGAACACUGGUUGUAGUAACAGUAUCAGCAUCCCUCUCUGCAGCCUCUCUUGCUCUACAGCAUACAUCCCAGCUAAACCCUUCAUCCCUGCUUCCUGGUUAGAUCACUCCCAACUCUUAACUUCAUAACUUCUAAGAUCUCCUUUUCUAACACGUGAAGAGGCCUCACAUUUGCAUUCUCUUUUUUUUUUAAUGAUAUUUAUUAAAAUUUCAAAAAGAGGAAUUACAUAAAUAAAGAAAAGGAGAAAAAACAAAAAAAACCCAGACAAUAAACAGAAGUAAAAAUACAGGAAAAAUACAAAAUACAGAAUAAAAGAAUAAAAAACACUUUUUAAAAAAUACAUCAAUCUUUCCAUGCCUUACAUUCAUAUCCUUGUUUCCCUGACCUCCUCAUACCUCCCUUUUUUGUAUUCCAAUUCAGUUAGUUAAUUCAGCAAUUUCUUUCCCUCUUUAUUUUCUCUUAAUCCUUUAACUUAAUAUACUAUAGCUUUGAAUUUUCACCUGUUAUCAAUCCAUUUUUUCAUACACCUUUAUAGCAUUACUGCUUAAACCACCUAACUUCAUUCUAACGUCAUUCUAACAUUCAUUAAUUUUGCAAUAUUUCUGUAGAUAGUCUUUAAAUUUCUUCCAGUCUUCUUCCACCGACUCUUCUCCCUGGUCUCGGAUUCUGCCAGUCAUUUCCGCCAAUUCCAUGUAGUCCAUCACCUUCAUCUGCCAUUCUUCCAGCGUGGGUAGGUCUUGUGUCUUCCAAUACUUUGCAAUAAGUAUUCUUGCUGCUGUUGUGGCAUACAUAAAGAAAGUUCUAUCCUUCUUUGGCACCAAUUGGCCGACCAUGCCCAGGAGAAAGGCCUCUGGUUUCUUCAGAAAGGUAUAUUUAAAUACCUUUUUCAUUUCGUUAUAGAUCAUCUCCCAGAAAGCCUUAAUCCUUGGGCAUGUCCACCAAAGGUGAAAGAAUGUACCUUCAGUUUCUUUACAUUUCCAACAUUUAUUAUCGGGCAAAUGAUAGAUUUUUGCAAGCUUGACUGGGGUCAUGUACCACCUGUAUAUCAUUUUCAUAAUAUUCUCUCUUAAGGCAUUGCAUGCCGUAAACUUCAUACCUUCACAUUUGCAUUCUCACACCCAUUUCCUUUGAUCCUGUGUAGUGGGAACACACACUGAACUUCCUCUGCUCUGAACUCCCUUGUUGUUUAUUUCCCCCAUGUGGUCAUCUCACAAAGAAGUCUGUCUGACUUCAUUAACACUUGCUGAUUGGGUUAGGAUUAUAAUGUCCAAUAUACAACCCAGGAAGUGUGCCUGCUUAACUUGCUUUUACAUGUGGUGUUACAGAGGAUGAUGAGUGGUUCUAUCACACCUUAUUACCCCUGAUACCACACUUGGGUCUAGCUAUUCCACAUACCGGUCCUAAUUAAAUCCUAACAUUAAUCAGACACAAGAAUUUAGCACCCACGGAUAUGUUCUAUUGAGGAAUAGUUAAUGGCAAAGUUUUGCAUUAAUGGCAAAGUUUUGCAUUAAUAGUUAUUGGCAAAGUUUUGAGCAUGCUGUGUUCUGCAUAUUCUUGCACUGUGUGUCUGUAUCUGUUGCCAAGAUCAAGUUUUAUUCGUCUCUGGUUUGUACAUACCUAACCAAGAAUGCCAUAUUGUGGACCCAUGCACCUUGUAUCUGGGAGGGGUGUGGGAAGAAGUAUUAAUAGAAGACAAGCACAACCUGAGUUGGAUAAAAGUAGGCCACAGCUUUCUUAGGAUAGGCAUUGGGCAUGAAUCCAUGUUAUCUACCAGCCUACCUGCUGGCUGAUGAGCUUUUUCAACAGCCAGGUUGACGGUUGCUGAGGUCUACCACAGCAAGGAUAUGAUGAACCUCCCCUGGCUGCUGGGGGGGGGCACGGCCUAUCCGACUCUGGGCUUCAGGACAGAAAAUGCCACCCACCAAGAGGGUAUCCUAUAUAUUGGGAAGGGCAGUAGCUCAGUGGUAGAGCAGAAGGGCCCAACUUCAGUCCCCGGCGAGGCUGAUUGGCUCCCUUCAGUUGCCAGCCUGGCUGCAAGGCAUGCAAAGCGCUUCACACCAGCCAUAAGUUCCCCUUGCGGCUGUUUGGGGCUACAAUGGCUGCUCCUGGGUGCAAAGGAAUUGUGUGCCACUGGGCUCUCCAUGUAUGUUGUGAUAGUAGUCCCAGAUGGGUAGCUGAAAGGCAGGCAGGAGGUUGAUAACCUCCAAGUUAAUUUUUCAAAAUUAAUUUAAUACCAGUAUCAAAAAUUAAGUUAAAACAACAACAGAUCAGGAGAAUAGUUCCUACAUGGGGUAAAAGUGCAUUUUAUAAUUUUUUCAUAAUUUUUCAAGUGCUGUUAAAAAUAAUAUUCUACUUUAACUUUCUGAUUCUUUUUUUCAUAUCGUGUAUAAAAAAGAAAAGUAUUUGUUCAAUGCUCAGUUUUUGGUUUUCCAGAUACUUAUAUUACGAUGUGUGUUCUAAAAUGUGCCCAAAUAGGAAUGCACAUUUCGAUGAAAAAAUUGUUCAUCUCAUGGAAGGCAGUGGUGUCCAUGUGCAUUCCAGUAAGCAUCUCCUGAUCCAUCUGGUGAUAUGAGAACAAAUCUGUUUAAUUUAAUUGGGAUUGUAAAUGUAAGACGUAGGCUGCCAUCAAAUGAGAGUGUUUCCUACUCAGGCCCCUCAAUGAUAAAUGGAACUUGAGCAAAAACAAAACAUUUGAAUGAAUGAGCCAUUUGUUUCAAUGGGGCUUGCAUAGGAGAAAUGCUUGGUGGAUUGUUCCCAUACUUCACCUCUCUAGUUCAGUAGUCUGCCAUGCUUUUGAAUGUCUUAAUGCAGGCAUUCUUAGAUGUACCAUGAAAAAGUUUUACUGUUUUUCUAUGACUUAGAAUAUAUCUUUUGACGGUACAUUUUAAAGAGUUUGCCUCUUUAAGAUGUUGCACAGAGAUUUAACACAUAGCAAUUUGAAUAUAGGGACGCGGGUGGCGCUGUGGGUUAAACCACAGAGCCUAGGACUUGCAGAUCGGAAGGUCGGUGGUUCGAAUCCCUGCGACGGGGUGAGCUCCCGUUGUUGGGUCCCUGUUCCUGCCAACCUAGCAGUUCGAAAGCACGUCAAAGUGCAAGUAGAUAAAUAGGUACCACUCCAGUGGGAAGGUAAACGGCGUUUCCGUGCGCUGCUCUAAUUCGCCAGAAGCGGCUUCGUCAUGCUGGCCACAUGACCCGGAAGCUGUAUGCCAGCUCCCUCGGCCAAUAAAGCGAGAUGAGCACCGCAACCCCAGAGUCGGCCACAACUGGACCUAAUGGUCAGGGGUCCCUUUACCUUUUCAGUGGUGCCUCGCAAGACGAAAUUAAUCCGUUCCGCGAGAGUCUUUGUCUAGCGGUUUUUUCGUCUUGCGAAGCAACCCUAUUAGCGGCUUAACGGAUUAGCGCUAUUAGCGGUUUAGCGGCUAUUAAAGGCUUAAAGGCUUAGCGGAUUAGCUGCUAAAAGGCUAUUAAAGGCUAUUAAAGGCUUAGCAGAUUAGAUAAAGGGGAAAAGCGAAAAAAAAAUCUCUAGACUCGCAAGACAUUUUCGUCUUGCGAAGCAAGCCCAUAGGGAAAUUCGUCCUGCGAAGCAACUCAAAAACGGAAAACCCUUUCGUCUAGCGGAUUUUCCGUCUUGCGAGGGAUUCGUCUUGCGGGGCACCACUGUACCUAUUUGAAUAUUUAUGUACUGUGUCUUUGUUUGUCCAAAAAAAUAGUUCUUGUACAAGCAGGCCUAGGGUGACCUAUGGUGGCAUAAAACAGCUUCAGUAUUAAGAUUCCCCCCCCCCCCAUCUUUAGCAGACAGAAGAUUGUACAGUAAGCGGAAUAUUUAAGACUGUGGCUUUGUCUGCUCAGAAUUCCCAUUUGGAGGCAACAUGCUGGGUGGAUUCAGUGUAUGACUAUUUUCUUUGUUGUCCUGGCUCCACAUACAUUUUUACGUUAUAUGUAAAUCCUCCAGUUACUCUGUGGUUUAUAUAUAAUGAACUACAGUUCUAGCAAGAAUCUGGAGGUUCCUGCUUUGGAAUAAUAGCAGAAGACAUAUAAUAAAUGGAAACCCUAACUUACUAACAAGCAUCUUAAUUAGUUGUGGUAUUAUUACUGGCUGUUGCUAUAUCAGCUGUUAAAAUUUUGAGUUUUAAAAAUGGAGAAGCCUGAUCUUUUCUCCUGACUUCAUUUUUUUUGUCCUGUGCUGGUGCUCAAAAGUCUGCUCUUCACUCCUUUCCUGCUUCUGUUGCUGCUGCUGCUGCAAUGGGGAGGGAACAAUCCGGAGUCUGGCUUGUUGCUUCAUGGAAUUUGGACUCAUGGUUUUUUUUCUGUCCAGAUAAACCUUGGCUUUCAUUUGUGGUUUGUUUGGAGAGAAACAAACCACAAGCCCAUGUUCCACAUAACAACAAAUAUAACAUGGAGUUUGGGCCACCAGCAUGCUGCUUGAUCACAUUAUACCAUUAUUUUAACUGUAGUUUAAUGUAAUGCAUAAACCAAGUUGUUGUGUCCAAAUCUGCAUGCCAUAACUCAGGAUAUAACAGUGUGUUGUGAGCUGUUGGCUAAUGCAGUGUGCAAAUUUUACUGCCUUAGACCAGUGAUCUCCUAAACUAUCUACCGCCAUGGAAUUCUUUCCACAUCAGUUUGCUCGUGUACAUCUGUUGCAGCAUUUCUGCAAACAGCAGGGAUUUCAAGACAUGUUCUGUCUGAGCUGUGUUCGUCUUAGAACAUGCUCAGGAUCCUGUUUGCAGCUAUUUGCUGCAGGGGGCGUCUGUAGUUGUGAUCAAGCUAUUUUUAAGAGGAGCUUUUAACCAUGACUUGUUUCUACACUGAGAAACCCCUGGUAAGCUUCCGAGGAGCUCUUGGAUCCGCUUAGAGGGAUAAAAUUUGUAGCUUGUGUAGCUUGUAUGAAAGAUUCAUGUUAUAAAACCAUCCAAAUGCCGUUUAUUUGUGUUGCACUAAGAAAAUUAAUUUUGUAAAGUUUUUUGAGGAUUUAUUACAAAAAUGUUUAUCAAAUUUGUUUUUUUUUAAAUAAACAUUUUAAUUUCAGUUACAUCUUUUUAAAUUUCUGACUGCAUAAAAACUUUUAUGUUAGUUACUGAACCAGUAAAUAAUAACUUUAUAUUGUGAAUUAUCCUGCUGUCACGCUGGUUAUGUUGGGAUUUUAAAAAAAUGUUUUAGUGUAAAGGGAAAAGGUUUUGAAAAGCACUCAGUUUUUCUUUGAUAAACUUAGGAAACUGCACGCCACUCCUCCAGUGAGGAGCAAAGAGGAACAGAAAAGGGCAAGCACUGCUUGCAAAUAAAGGAAGUGAGCUGAUGUUAAUUUGUUUAUAAGUAGCAGAAGAGUUGACAGCAUCAAAUGGGGGGAACUAUUCAGAACCUAAGGGCAGAUGCUGAAAUAUCAAGUCACCUUUAAUAUUGGGGAAAGAACACCUAAACUGUCUCUAAAGGGCAGGAUCUGAUAAAAGUGCAGUGAGGGUGGCAGCUCAGGUAUGUAGACAGCUGAGUACAGAUGGCUUACAGGUGAAACUCGGAGAAUUAGAAUAUCGUGGAAAAGUUCAUUUAUUUCAGAAAUUCAACUUAAAAGGUGAAACUAAUAUAUGAUAUAGACUCAUGACAUGCAAAGCAAGAUAUGUCAAGCCUUUAUUUGUUAUAAUUGUGAUGAUUAUGGCGUACAGCUGAUGAAAACCUCAAAUUAGCAAUCUCAGAAAAUUAGAAUCUCAAAUGAAAUCAGCAAAACAAGGAUUGAAAAAAGAGCAAUAUUGGACCUCUGAGAAGUAGAAGCAUGCAUAUGUACUCAGUACUUGGUUUGGGUCCCUUUUGCAUCAAUUACUGCCUCAGUGCAGUGUGGCAUGGCUGCUAUCAGCCUGUGGCACUGCUGAGGUGUUAUGGAAGACCAGGAUGCUUCAAUAGCAGCCUCCAGCUCUUCUGCAUUGCUCGGUCUCAUGUCUCUCAUCUUUCUCUUGGCAGUGCCCCAUAGAUUCUCUAUGGGGUUCAGGUCAGGCGAGUUUCCUGGCCAAUCAAGCACAGUAAUUCCAUGGGCAUUGAACCAGGUUUUGGUACUUUUGGCAGUGUGGGCAGGUGACAAAGUCCUGCUGGAAAAUGAAAUCGGUGAAGGUGGCCAAUAGAGGCACUGGCCAGCCUGUGGAUCUGGAUCCCAGGGACAGGGCCCCUGCGGCUGGCAGGGGAAAGAGCCAGCAGACUGCUGCAGCCACCACUUUUCACACUGUAGUUCACACUCACGUGAACUACUGUGUGACGACAGGCAAGAGCAAAUAUAUCGACAUCAUUAUUGCAGAAGUUAUAGUAGAAGUGCAGUAGGUUUGUUGUUUUGACUUGUUUCCCUCUGUCAGGAAAAAAUACUUUCCUGUGUUAUAACCAUACACAACAAUAUUGUAUAACCAUUUAUUUAUUUUAAACAUUUAUAUCCUGCUUUUUAGUCAACAAGCCCCAGACUAGCUUUCAUUAAUACUGCCUUUCUGUCAAGCACUCAAGACAUAAUACACUUUAAAAAUACUUAUGUAGAACAACAGAGUCCUCUCAGGCCAGCUGAUGAUCUUCAGGAGCUGAUGACACAAACUCACCUGGGCUUCCUAUCUUCUGCCUUCCCUUAGGGCACGCAGGUUUCAAGUUGCCCCUGGGAAGGUAGGGGAGGGACUCCUGCUCUGGAGGCUGGGACCCAAACCAAUGGAUUCAGGUUACAAGAAAGGAGAUUCUAACGGAAUCCCUUGGGACGGUCUCCUUUGGGACGAUGUGGACUCUCCAUCUUUGGAGGUUUUUAAGCAGAGGUUGGAUGGCCACCUGUCAUGUAUGAUCUGUUUGAGAUUUCUGCAUUGCAGGGGCGUCAGGCUGGAUGACCCUGGGGUCCCUUCCAACUCAACAAGUCUAUGAUUCUAUGAAUAUAUAAGUAAUAUAUUGGAAUUAUAGCCCCUGUUCUUCUAAAGAAAGCAAUAACAAGGCUAGCAUCGAGGAGCUUUUCCUUCCUUUCCCUGGAAUGGCAGAAGCUGGAGAAACAUUCUCCCUCUCGUCUCUACUGAGCCUGACCCGCAGUGGCAUUCCAAGGCAUGUUCUUGCAGACAUUCCUGAAUGCUUGGCUAUGAGGUCAGAGACAAUGAAGUCAUAAUACAAAAGGCAGGAGUGAGGAGAGAGCCCACCCCCUCAUGGACUUAACUGUGCACUCUGGUGCUGCUAAUUAAAGAGCACAAGCUGAGGGAAUUUCAGGCUGCAGCACUUGACGCUUUCCCAAGCCACUCAAGGAUUUGAUCCCCUGGAAGCUGUCUUAGAUAUUAGUGUUGUGAAUAACAGAAAUAAAGCAACCAUAUCUCAGUUUGGGUAGGUAACUUAUAUAAUGACCAGAACUUCAGGCUUUAAAUAGACUUUUUGUUAUUUCAUAUCUCUGCAUAUGGUUCAACUGUUACUUCCACAAAACAUCGCCUUGUGGCAGAAAUCCUUAAAGGUUGCAACUUUUUAGCUGAAUAUGACCUGCUGCAAUAAUUCCACUUCUGCUCUUUUGACACCCUGGACUCUCUACUGCUUUCUGUAUCAGAGAAGUUCCAUCUGUCUUAUAUUUUCCUGUGCAUGUAAUAUGUUGCUGGGCUUAAAAUUUAAUUUCCCAAUAGUUUGCUUCCACUUAGCGUUGCUUUUGACUGCCAACCUGACAAAUUAAGACUGACAAAAAUUAGAUGCUCACAUAUUAAUGUACAAGCCCACCAAGCAGUUAAGUUCUGGGGACGGCCUGUUUCAUGUGCCUCUUCUGCCUGGCGUGAGAAGGGGUGGGGAAGCAGAAUAUGACCUGCCUGCUUUUUGAAAAUAGUAUGAGAACCUCAAUGGGGAGUGGACCCCUUUUCCCUAAAAACAGCACCUGGUGGGCAUUUGAUACCUUGGACUUGACAGACUUGUGGGGAGAGGAAGCUGCAUUAUUUUCUAAGCGAAGUCAAAGCUGGCUUGUAUGGCUUUAGUUUUUAUUGGUGUUCCUGUCUUCUUUCAGACAUGUUAGGUGACCUAGCAUGCAUUUGUGAAAGUGUAUUUCACAUUUCCCCCACCUUUUUAAUCCCUCUUUUUCGUAUUAAAUCAGUUUUACUCUCAAUGCAUUGUUUAAAUGAGCUUCAUGCAAUUCUUUUUCCUAAUUGCCUAGGAGAUGUUGAGCUAUCCUACAGUUUAUGGAGUUGAUGACUCCUUUGAGAAGAUAAUACACGGAGUUGGUUUAGCUCCUGGACUAGUUAUCAUUCAAUACUAGCGUUUGAAUGAAGAAAGAGUGGGUGAAGGGAAAAUUGGUGAGUGGGAAAAUCCCUAGUAUUCUGCUGGCAUGGAAGGAAAUCUGUUCCAAGGCUAAGGAGAUGAGACAUUCUAAAAAACAAACCACCCACUUCUUAUCAUCACAAAGAAAUCAGCUGAAUCUAAACAGCAGCAUUACUUCCUCUGACCCCAGGUAUCAUGGUCAACAUAAGUGUUCAAGGUACCUGAAUCAAGCUGUUUUCAGUGAUCCAUUUGGUGCAUUAUGUUCUUGUGGGUUUGAUAAGCAAAACUGAGAUGCAUAAUUCUAUAAUUCUGUGAAGUUGAAAAAGCUAAUGAAAGUGACUUCAGCUCGUAGCCAUCUGCACCCUUAUCUGGACAGGAAUAGCCUAACUUGGGCUUCCUCAACCCCAGCCCUCCAGAUGUUUUGUGACUACAAUUCCCAUCAUCCCUGACCACUGGUCCUGCUAGCUAGGGAUCAUGGGAGUUGUAGGCCAAAAACAUCUGGAGGGCCGAGGUUGAGGAAGCCUGGCCUAACUGCUAUUAUCUUAUGCUCUGGUGAUCUCUAGGUUAGAUUACUGCAAUGUGUUAAUAUGUAGGGCUGCCUCUGAAGAUGGUUUAGAAACUUCAGCUAAUGCAGAAUUCAGUGGCCAGGUUGCUCACUGGCGCAAGAUGACUUGAGCAUCUUACAUUGAUCCUGGCCUGACUGCAUUGGCUACCAAUUAGUUUCUGGGCCCAAUUCAAAGUGCUGGUUUUGAGCUAUAAAACCUUAAAUGGCUCAGGACCACAAUACCUCUCUCCAUAUGAACUACCCAGACCCUGAGAUCACCCUAUGAAGCCCUUCUUUGUGUGCGCCCACAUGAAAGGUCUGGAGGGUGGCAGCAUGAGAACAGGCCUUCUCUGCAGUGGCGCCCAAGGAAUGCUCUCCCCAUGCAGGUGAAAACAUUCUUCAUCAGCCAGGCCUUUGGCUGAUUGACAUCCGAUGCCCUUUUAAAUGUGUUGUGGAAGGGGGAAUUACUGGGUUGUCUUUGUUCUUACUUUUGUUAUGUAUUUUGUGUUUUUUGUAUUAUACUUUUAUGUUGUGACCCAUCCUGAGACCUAUGGGUGUAGGUUGGUAUACAAAUUUAUUAAAGAACAGCAACAGCCUAACCCCUACACCAGGCAGCCUGCUGAAAGAUUUUGUUGGCGUUUUGCUUGCUGUGCUGAUCUAUAUGUUCAGCAAGAUCACGUGACAAAGCUCUCCUUAGACUGCAUCAUUCCGGACUGCCAGGACAGGGUGGCAUUUCUAAAUGUUGCCUUGUGUUUAAAUAAAAAAGCAGGCUUAUUGCAUGUAAGAAAACUAGCAGCUUAGGGAAAGUGAGAUGGUGAGGGAGAGAAGGGAAGCAUAUGAAAAGAAAAUAGAAAAGCAAAUGGGCAGUUUGGCUAAAUGAUGCAAAAGCAAAGCUUUUGGCAAAAUGGCUUUGAUUCUCUUGCUUGUUUUGGAUGGUAUAGUAAGGUAAUCUUUGCAGGCAGUGUGUUGUAGUGGUUAGAAUAUUGGACUAGGUAGGGGUCAGCAAACUUUUUCAGUAGGGGGCUGGUCCACUGUCCCUCAGACCUUGUCGGGGGCCAGACUAUAUUCUUUUUUUGGCCGGGGGAUGAAUGAAUUCCUGUGCCCCACAAAUAACCCAGAGAUGCAUUUUAAAUAAAAGGACACAUUCUACUCAUGUAAAAACAUGCUGAUUCCCGGACUGUCCGUGGGCCGGAUUGAGAAGGCAAUUGGGCCAGAUCCAGCCCCUGGGCCUUAGUUUGCCUACCCAUGGACUAGGAGAUGAGAGGUUCAAGUUUGAAUCUUGGGCCAGUUAUUGUCUACUGCCACUGGGCAGUUGUGAGGACAGGAAGGAGGAGAACCAUGUACACCUCCUUGGGCUCACGGAAGUGAAAGGUGGGAUAUAAAUGUAUUAAUAAUCAGUCCCUGGUCUUGGAGCUUAUGUUAACCUUUGCUCCUUUUAAUAUUAAAUAAUACUGAGGAUGUGAGGUAAUGUGUAAAAGGGCUGCAAGGAAGGGUCAUGAGAAAUGGGACAGUGCAUAGAGAUUUAUGUCUAGGGUUGGAUGGUAUUUGGAUCCUCUUCAGACCUUUGAGUCUGUUAUGCUUAAACAAGGAUUACUGGGUUUGUCCAACAUGUCCCUGAACUUUGGAUUUCUCAAAGCUGCAAGGAAAGUGUAUGGAGACAACUGCUUUUUGUUUGUAUCUGGUGUUGGCUGCUGAUUGUCAGAUGGCCUAGAGAGACCUUUGGCCUGACUCCAUAGGAUUGCUGCCGUGCUCUUAGAAUUAAUGAGAUAGUGAGGGGCAUUUAUCCUGAACACUGACAUUCAAUUAAAAUAAUGCUGUAGAAUGUGGGUUACCAUGCAGAACAUCUAAAGUUUGGACCCUCUAAAGGGAAUUUGAGGGGAAAACCUGAGAUUCUGAAUAUAAGGUUUCAUUUUAGCCCUGUAAUUUCCUUGAUAGCCAUAUAAGCAUCAAUGGAAAUCAAUUGCUGCUUAAGUUCCUCCCCUUUCCUUGUGACUGGGCUAUGGUUUAUUCUCUUGUUGAUUUCCCUAGCAGAUGAACUGUUAAUGCUCUGCAUGCCAGUUAUUCUCCUCGCCCCAUAAGCACUUCUUGUGGUCAAUCUGCUGGAAUUAUCAUUUGAAGGGUUUCUGGGGGUGUUUUAGCUCAAGGGAUUUACACUGCUGGCAUUAGACUAAAUGAAUUGUGGCUUUUAAGGGCCUGUGAAAUACCAGGGAAUAGAAGUGCUUCCCCUUCCUUCCACAUGGAGAAUCUGUUCUUGGGGACCAUCUGUAAAUUCUCUUAUGCUUUUAAAGGUCUUUUUCAUCCAUUUUCCCUUGUCACUCUAUGCACUCUAUUAACAAGUGGCCGAUCUCACAACUCACCCAUUGACUGCCUUCUUGCAGCAGGGCAAGCCAGGGCUGCAGGAUUGUUGGAGCUUAAUGGGCAAUGUGCUAGUGCUUGUUGCUUGAGUGCGCCCGCUAUGCUCCUUCCCUGGUGUGAGGGGGAGAAAUGGACCAGAGAUCUGCCAUUAAAACUAGGCUACCUACCUGUGAUGGCCAGAUCCAGUACCCUGGUUUGUAGCUCCCUAGCAAGCCAGCAUUCAUAAACCAAGAACACACUAUGGUCAGAGGCAGGGGCAGCACAGUCCAUUUUGCCACUGUAGGUGAAAUAGGAAGCUGCCCCUCUCUCACUCCCAACCGCCCCACCAAAGCUGGGGUCCUGGCUGCUGCUACCUUUCCUCACUUCUUGUUGUGGUGGGGUAGGAGGCACUUGUGGAACUCUGGCGUCACCGUAAACAUCUCCUGCCCCCCUGCUUAUCACCAGGUCAUCCAUGCACACCCAAGCCCUGACUUUAAUAUUAUUUUGUAUAGGGCUUUCUCGGUAUGUGCGUCACUUCACAGAAUAACAUAAGCAAAAGAAGAUGGAUCCCUGCCUCAAAGAGCAUACAAUUCAAUACUAAGGGAAAGCACAAAGCAGGGUUGGGGCGGGGAGGCCUGUCCUUCAAACUCUGCUAACAUAUUUAUUUUUGGUAUAUAAUUUCCAUUAUAAUUUAUCUCAAGAUGAUUUUACAGCAUACUUAAAGCAAAAAAAAUACAGUAAACCUAUUAAAAGUACCAAAUAACAAUCAAUGCAACACACAAGUAAAGUAGCAAAGUUAAACACUUAAUUUCCAAUGUUUCAAAAUACAAAAUGCCUUGGGAAAUAAAGAGGUUGGGCACCAGGCAAGCCUCCUCAAGGGGAGCCCACAGCCCCCUCCUUUGCUGCCCCUUGAAUUGCACAAGUCAGGAUGGCUAGCCUGCCUUGCUAGCAGCCAAACCACGGGUGGCUAAAGCUGUCUAGUUUUUUAGUUUUUAAUGUGCUGUCUCCUGAUGUCUUACUUUCUGAAUUUCUUACUUUAACUCCUGUCGUAAGCUGCCUCAGGCAUCUUAAUGGAAAGGCAGGAACUAAAUGUUUUAAAUAAAAUAAAUGAUAAGAGAGGUAGCACGUUACAGUUAGCUUUUGGCGGUGGGCAUAUUGCUAUGGAGGACAGCAAAGAAGAACAGGGUCAUCUUAAGAGAAUAGGGCAGCUGAAGGCCACAGAGUUGAUGGAGUGAGGGUCAUGCAGACAGAUAUAAUGGGAAAUAAGGGUGCCAAAAGAGGAGAGGAAAAGUCCCAGGAUGGUUUGGGAGGCUCUGAUCCAGAUUUUGUGCUUAACAGCAGCAAGUCCCUGAACAUUGCACAAAAUGGUAAAAGAAGCUGCCUGUUUUUGUUUCCCAAUAAAUAUUCAAACAAAAGUUUGAAACCCAUCUGGGGGCAAGAGGAGUGGAAGAUGUGUGCAGAGUUUGCUUCUGUUCCUACUGAGGAGCAUUCUGUCCUCUUAUAAUACAUUUCCAUGCCAGGCCAGAGUAUUGCUAGCAGUCCUAGAGGAUGACCUAAAAAUGCUGCAAGCUCAGAGACUUGUGCUGCUGCCAGGACACUCUGUGCACACUGUAGACCAGGAUCUGCAUUCCACAACCCGUAUGUCAAGUUCUGAGAAAACAGUUGAGCAACCAAGUUGCUUUUUCGAAACCAUUUCAAAACUUCUCUGCCUCCUCUAAGUGCUCCUUGUAGGUGAUUUAAUUGUUCUCACCUCCACCACCUGUAACCACUAGCACACAAAUGAUGCCUCUCUCAAGGACCUUUUGGCGUAAGUUGUGUGUUGACAAACAGCCAAAGAUACAUUUAGAGCACCAGUGCGUUGUAAGUUUUUAAAAGAAACAAUCCGCUGCCUUCUUGUUGCAGUUAAAGGAAGCCAGUCCUCAACACGUAGUGAGGAAUGCUUGAUUAAAAGUGAUUUAGGAAAAAUAAUAUUGCCACUUGUUUCCUUCUGUAAAGCCUUAGUGGGCCUCUAAAUCAAAGCCAUUCACUUUUCCUAGAAACUGGGAAGGAGGAGGCGCCUCCUUUGUAACUGGCUGCAGUGCUGGGGGACUGCAUGGGGGCCUGUAGAAUGUCUUGUGAUCUUCAGCCAGGAAUUCCCGUAGAGAAGAGGUGGGUGUCUCUUCAUUAGCUGCCAAGGGAUAAUGCUACGCUAGGCAACGCAUCAUGAGUUUUGUUGUUGCUUUUGUUCAGCUCCUUAAAAGCCUUGAUUCCUCUACAGGCCUCAUGUGCCAUCUCCCUCCCCACCCCACCCCCUCCACUCUUUUACUCCCCUUUGCUUGCUGGUGCGUCUUGCUCUGCAAUGUCACAGCACUUUAUAAAUACAUAGAAUUGUCUGAACAUUUCAAAUAGCUGAAUAUUUUCUAUGGUAAUGUUAGUAAUGUCAUGAAGGGCUCUGUUCUCUCUCCCCCCCCCCCCCAGCAACCUUUAGAUGAAAUGUGGAAAUUGAGUUUCAAAAAAAUCAACUUGUUUUUAAUAUGAAAUAGGCUUCCAAUGUGGCAAUAGCCAACCUUGCCCUGCAAAUGUUCCUUUAUUCUUUUGAGGCUUGUGGGCUUUGUGCCCAGAAGUUUCUUUACAAGUCAUUUACAAAAUGUACUUUAAGAGCAAAAAGUACAUUUUAUCUUUAAUUUUUUGUUUCUCUAAUAUAUACACAGGUUUAACUUGGAGGCAAACGGCGUAGAAACCCAUAUUGCAUCCAUGUUUGGGAAAAGAUAG